UUCCGUCGGUAACCAGCUGUUUUGUGCCGUCGUUCCCUUUUUCCUUUGGCUGCCUGACCGGCCACCCGAAAGAUGUUCCGAAUUGGAUUAAAAUUUCCGUGCAACGGUCUAAAUAGGGUACGUAAAGUCAAAAAGAAUGGAUCCUCCAGACUGUAUUUGACAACUAGGUAUUAUGAGACACGUGCACGAAUUAAAUACGACCAGGAAUGUAGGUUUUCCAAGGAUGUCAAACUUAUAUCUCGAAUACCGGUACAUAAGUAUUCAACUGAUACACCAAAAAGGGAGAAAAGCAGAGGAACCACAAAAACACUAUUAACUUUGACUGCUGUGGCAAUAGGAGCAUCAGGUGUAUUGCUUUAUGCAAAACAUGAUCCAAAAUUUCGUGCAAAUCUUGAAGGUUGGAUACCUGGCACAGACAAGACUAUUCAGAUCAUCUUUCAGGAGGAAUCAUCCUACUUUGAAUUUAUACGUACAUUCUUUGAAACAUUAAAGCAAACAAUUAUAAGUUCCCUUUUUGGAGGAGAAUCAAAACAAGCAGGUCAGAAAAGAAUAGAUUGUACACAAGUUGAAGAUUAUAUACCACCAAAGCCAACUUUUGUACCUCUCAUUGAUAAGAAGGAACCACCUAUUAAUGAACCUUAUGCUGAAAUAAGAAUAAGUAAAGAAAAAGGAGAGGAAAUUGAAAUUGUUGCCGAAAAACCUACGCCGCCUUCUAAAGAUGUACCUGAGGAAUUAAUGCCAGCAAACCUGGUGGAACUAGAAACAUCAUGCGGUGAAGCUGCAUCUAAAGCUAUCGCAGCUUAUCAGAAAGCAGUAUGUGUUAUUCAAGAUUAUAAUAAAGAUGUGAUGAGAGUUGUAGAAAGUCUUCAUGCCACUGUUGGUAGCGCCAUUUGGAACAGACUAAAAGAAUCAACUGAGAAGAAGAAGGAGGCCGUUAAAGAAGCAGAAGAUCUCGCCAAUGAAGCAAUUGAAUCACUCAAUAAAAUAUAUAAUUUAAUCAAAGAUCCUAAAUUUGAUGCGCCAUCGCAUAUGAAAACAGCUGCCCGAAGAAACAUUAAGAAAAUCAUGGAUGAUGUGGACGAAGCAAAGAAGAAAUAUCAAACGGAAAUAGAAUGUGGGAAUAUGGCAGAGCGUUAUUGGAAACAAGUCAAAAUGGCUCGUGAAAAUCUUAAUGAAGAACUUCAGAUACUAUUUCCUAAUAUCAAUAUUCAUGAAAAAAAAAUUACUCUUGAUGAAAACACCUUUGAUUUGUUUGUCUUGCAUAUGUAUAAUAAAGUAAGCAACUUGCAGAGGGAAUUAGAAAAAACAAGGACGAUCAACGAAAGUAGAAUCAGAGCAGCAUUAAAGGCAACAGGCGAAACAAUGACUGAAGAAAGAUUGCAUACUUUAGUGUGCCUUGAGUUGGACAAGGAGAAACAGAUCUAUGAGAGUGAGUUCAGUCAAAAGUUGCUGGAGGAGCAGAAAAAGUUCGACGACGAACUGCGGCGACAAUUGAAAUUGCAAGAACAGGUGCAUGCCGAUCAUCUUCAGGAAACGAUCACGUUGAAGGAAGAAGAAGCGGAGAGGAAUCUUCAACGUGCGCUCAACGAGCAAUCCGAGCAGGACAGUAUAAAACACAAGGAACAACUCGCAGUUGUCAUUGGAAGGCUACGUGGCGUUGAAGCUGCAUUUAAGGCUCGCAUGGAGGAAGAAAAGGAUGCAACCAACGCUCAGAUUCUUUGGUCAGCUUGCACAGCCUUGGCACGUGCUAUUAAAUCAGGGCCACCAGGCGCACCCAUAGAGAAAAUCGUGAGGCCUCUGGAGUCGGAGAUCAAGGCCGUCUGUAAGGCAGCACCGAAAGAAGAUCCUCUGGUGAUGGCUGCUAUUAAAGGCAUUCCUGUGGAAGCUGCGAAGAGGGGAGUAUUCCCGGAGGACAUUCUUCGUGAAAGGUUCCUCAAGGUGGAACAAGUGGCCAGACGAUUGGCCAUGGUGCCCGAGGAGGGCGCAGCACUGCCUGUUUAUUUGCUAAGUUAUCUUCAGAGCUAUUUGAUGUUCAAGGAUGUCUGUCCCAUCUCUCGUUCAGAACUCGAGGACAAACCUUUCGAUGUGGAGGAUCUUAAUACAUUCGAUAUACUCAAUCGAGCCAGGUAUUGGCUCGAUCGUGGCGACUUCAAAAUGACCCUUCGCUAUAUGAAUCUUCUAAAGGGGGCGCCAAGAUCGGUCGCCAAGGAUUGGAUGAACGAAACUAGAAUCCUCCUCGAGACCCAACAAGUUGUGGAAACGCUGUUGGCAUAUGCUGGUGCUAUGGGCCUAAUGUUCCUCGGCGCUGGAGAUUCGAAGUAGCAAAAAGAAUAAAGCGGUAAAACCGACACAAAUUGAACCCGACUUUCACCGGCCAGAAUGCUCUCGUCCCUUCGUGAAAUCUCGCGUCGACAAAAACCGAAAAAAAACCGGCCACAAAAAGCGAAUGCAGUGAGAAAUAAAAAAAAAAAGAAAGAGAGAGAAAAAAUUCGAAACAAAGCAAAAAAAAAAAAAAAACUCCAAAGAAAAACGAUCGAAAGGUUGCUUAAAGUAACCAAAUAGAUUAUACGAAACGUAUAUAAAUAUAAAUAUAAAAUAUAUACAUAUAUUUAAAAAAAUAAGAAAAAAUUAAAAAAAGGGAAACGCCGACAAUGGAGAACGUUCCUUUCGUUGUUGUUCGAAGUGUUCCAGCAAACAGCGCCUGCAACAGACCGUGGAUCGACGAUCUUGGCGAAGAAGGAGAAGAAAACUCGUUAGGAAACGGCGGCGAAUUGCUGAAAGAGCCCGAAGACUGAGGAAACGAGGAGCAAGAUGGACGUACAAGAGCAUCCGGUCCGCUGUCAAUCGUGUACUCGGUUGGAUUAUGUGGAAAAAUGGGAGAGGGAAAGAUAGAAACGAGGAACAGGUUAGGUUCGAGGUCUUUUUGCGAUCAAUUAUGAAUUCGCGCGAGGAUAAAGGAAAAAUGAUUCUUCUCGUGCAGAGAGAUAAGUCUUAAAGCGAUUGGAAAUUUGUAUUUCACAGAAUGUAAUUUUUCCCCCCUCUUUUUUCCGUACACCAAUUUUAUCGAGAAAGAUCGAUAAAAUGUUCACAUGAUAGAAGUGAAAGAAUCUUGUAUCGUAGGAAUAUUUUACAAAGAUCGUAAAAAAAAAAAAAAAAAAGAAAAAGAAAAAAAAGAAAUAUGGCGAAAAGAUCGUAAAAUGUUUUUACGAAUGAUCGUAAAGAAGAUGGGGCGUAUUUUAUUGCAGGCAUUUUCUUGUAUAUCGAUGUCAGGAUUAAAAAAGUAUUAUCUAUUGUUAUUAUUAUUACUCCGAUAUUUCAUAUUAAAAAAUAUCGAAAUGUUCAUAUAUAUGUUCAUAAGAAUUACAAGUGUGAGAUUUAGGUUAUAAGAAUUUCGAGUUGUGAACAUUUCGAAUGAACAAGCGGAAGAGAAGAAAUAGGAAGAUAAGUUGCUGUUUCCUGUGAAGCAUUUCCUCUAAAAAAAAACCAAAAAAAAUAGAGGAAUUAUUUAAAAAAAAAUCGAAAGAAGUUAUAAAAUAGAAAAAAAAGAAAAAAAGAAAUAAUAAUAAAUAAAUAAAAUAACGACAUUUGGGGAUGUAGAAGAUUUUCCAAGGCAAGAUCGUUUUUAUCGAUUAAUCUGGAAUUUGUCGCGCAGAGACAGCGCCAUCUGGAAGCGGACAAGUGGAAGCUUUCGAAGCUCUGACGAACUAACCUAAAAUUCUGGCGCUGUUAGUUUCAGGCAGUAUUGUUGAUUUUCUGCUUUAUUAUAUCUUACAAAUAAACUAAUCAAUUUAUAAAUAAUAUUUAAAAAUAUAUAUAUAUAUAAAAUUCCCCUUUCCUGUAAAAGUAUUAUUGUGUAAAAAGAAAAAGGGAGAAAGUUUAAUGUAUAAAUUACUUGCGAUUUUAUCGAUUCUUUAUUUUAUUAUCAUUUAAAUAAAUUAUACAAUAUGUAUAAUGUAAAAAUAUAAAUAUUUUAUUUAAAUAUAAUAUAAAUGUAUGCAAUGCAUGAAGUAAAAUUACCAUGGUUUUUUAAUUGGUCAAAUAAUUUUAAAAAUUAUUACUUUUUCACAGCAUAUUAUAUAAAUUGUUUUCACCUUGUCAAUAAAUAAUAACAAUAAUUCUUCAUUAUCAUUCAUCAUCACAGGAAGUGGCAACCAAUUUUCCAUAAUAUUUUCCUGUAUAUGUAACUAACAAUUAAACUAGAUAAUCCAAGAUCUCAAUUUCUUAAUUUACACGCGAUUCGAAAAAAAUUCUAAUCGAGAUGAUAAACGCCAUGUUUGGAUCGUCUAGGACAGCUUUGACAGGCAUGGAAGACGCGAGUUGGACGAGUAAAAUUCGCCUCAUCCUAGCUAACUAUUAAUAGUAAAAAUAAUAUAAUAAAUGUUUCGAUGCCGUCUCAUCAAUUUCUUACUCUGGAUCAAAUAAAGGAAGAGAGCACUGAAUCCAUCUAAUCCCUAACAUGAGACAAUGUUUCUUCCUCAAACUUCAAAGGAACUGGAUGAUUCUUUGGAUACGAGUCAUUAACGAAGUUCGUUGAAAAGAUACGUGUCGUUGGUUUCUCCUUUUUCUGUCUUAUUUCUCUUUUUUUUCUUUUUUUUUUUUUUUUAUUUUCAUAGAAUGCUCGAGAGGGCUCGUGCAUUGUAUUCCAGAAGUGGAAAAUUAAAGAGAAAAAAAAAAGACGUUGCUUCUUCCGUGUCCUUCCGCUCCAUCAUUGAAAUGUUUAGACCGAAGAGUUAAAUAAGCACAAUGAGUUAAAUAAAGUUUCUGUUUCCUUUUUCUUUUCGUACAAAAAGGAUGAAAUAGUCCAUAGAUUUUUAAUAAGAACGAGAAUAUUGAGAUAGGAUGAGAGGGUGAAAUCGUACCGUGUUAGGGGAUGGAUUAAAUGGCGGAAGAAAAUGGCGCCGAAUUACGUGCUGUAAAUAGUGUGUUCACCUUUGUAGUUGAUUCGUCUCGAUUUCGAGCCAUGAAUCGAGAUGAAUAUCUUGAUACUUGAGCAAUAAAUAAUAUCAUUGCUUU